AUGAAUACAGACAGUCAGUGCGAGACACCUGAGCAAGACAGCUUCAUGUCACUGAUUUCGGAGCCAACUGCCGGGACCCUGGAUGGAGACAUUUCAUUUGACAUGCAAAACGGAGUGUAUUCAAUGCCAAUUUCUGCAACCGAUGCCCCGGAGCAAAGUUUUCCAGCUGGCUUUUUGAGUGAACCUGGUGUCGUGGACAUGGAGGGUUGCGAUGCUUCACAGUUGGUUCAGGGUGAUGCAGAUGCACGAAGCUCAGACGUUGCAGUUUCACGGUCAGAUUACAAUAGGGCCUUGUUUGACGCACGUAUGGCGGCAAUGGGCGAUGUUGAGUUGAAGAUGCCAUGGGAAUCUGGAAUAAUGAAACAGAUUUUUGACAGUGACGAUGAAUCCCUUUUUCCUAGGGUUGUGCCUCCUUUGCCACCUGCAUGUUUAUUGCCAGUUUCUGCAACAAGUGCUGACAUGGCGGAACAGGCCGCAACAGAGAUGCCCUCAGCCAAGAUGUUGGACCUCAUGAAGUUGGCGGAGAAGCAGGGCCAUGCACAAGGUGAACCGGUUGUGGCAGUGACACAACCUGCCUUUGGGCCGGCUGAGAUUGCAGGCAGUGAUGACGGGUAUGACCAACCGACACCACUGAACACAGAGCACAUGUCACCGGCUCCAACUAAUGGAGAUGAUGAAGAUUCAGAUAGCAUUCCUUCAACUGAUGGCAGCUCCAGUGACAGCAGCGAUGAGGAAGAUCAGGCAGUCUCAAACGUAGACAUCCCUGGCCAAGAGGAGCAGAAACGUUUGAGAGAGCUCAUGCGUGAGAAAGGAAAAAGCGUAGGACAGUUCUCUUGUCCCAUCCCAGCGCUUCCUAGGCCAGACCCAGCCAUGGCGGAUGGUUCAAAUUUGGCGCCUGACUUGAGGAAACGCAUUGAAAUCAUGGCGGACCACAUCGCGAGGAAUGGCAGUGAUUUCGAAGCUACCGUCAAGCAAAAAAAUGUCAAUAAUCCACAGUUUGCUUUCUUGUACAAUGGCGAGGGCUCUGAGUACUACCAGCAGGUUCUCGCGAAACAACGAGGAACAACAACCGCCAAACCGCCCGUUCCGACGCCUCCACCUCCACAGGCACCUGCCAGCUUGUCAAAUUUGUUGCGUGGGCAGGUCAACGAAAGUGUGGCAACUGGAAAUGCGGGAGGAAGUCUGGCGAACCUGUUGCGAAUCGGGCAGGUAAAUCCUCAGACUCAGCCCCAGCCCCUCCGACCAGUGCCGCCAGUGCCACCAAAUCCGAUGCCGAUUCCAGUCCCGCCCCAGAACAUGUACCUGGGUCAGCGUCCACUGGGUCAGCUGGGUCAGCUGGGUCAGCCGGGUCAGCUGGGUCAGCUGGGAGCCCGUCAGGGUCAGGUUCCCAUGCCAAAUUUGCGGCAGGCUGAUGUGAGAUCUUCUGGAUUUCAGGCAGCACCUAUGCGCAUUGGAGUUCCACCAGGGCCUCAAACGCCAGAAACUGUGCCUGUGGGGAUUCUAUCCAACAUGUUGGGGGCUGCAAGCAAGAACAUCAGGUACAAGCCGCUGGAUCCAGCUGUGACCCCUCAAACCUUGCCCUUCGAGGUUCCAACUGCACAUAUGUUGGCAAAAGUGGAAGAAUUCUACGAUGAACUGCGAGAUGAGGAGCGUGACUCCUCGAGCACCAGCUCGUCGCGGUCAAGAUCUAGGGGGAGAGACACCAAAGACUACUCAGGUCGAUCAGGGUGCAUCGGGUUCAGCAUCGCUCCGCCUCCAAUGUCUUGA